AUGACCACCCCUUAUAGAAUCCACAUCGCACCGAAUAGCACGGGAUUAUGGAACAUCAAACAGAGUGAAGAGGCCGCUAAGACUGCGACCGAGACUUUGCAAAAGGAUCUGGAGAAUCACCACGUAUUCCUGAACAAUGUCGGGUUUCAUGACCAUAUGCCGCAUCAUUUGCUAGCCCUGUAUGGAACAGGUGCAAGUGUCGCCGACAUCCAAAAGGCACAUGACCUGCGUCACCCAUUGCAACGCCCAGUUGUCUCUCAGCAUCAAGACGCCGUAAAGGACCUCAUAACCCAUUGGGAUCACGAUUCUGAAUAUCUGGGAAAAGAGGAGUAUUACCUAGACUUUCUCGCCUACUUCCAACGAGUCAUCGAGCGCGAUGGGUACGAGUCGGUUGUCAAGUCUCACCUCUUGAAAGGUGACGACUCGGCUAAUGACAUCCUUCUCCGCCUGCACGCCGGUGUUGUGCAUCCUUUGAUCCAGCUGAUGUACGGUCUUGAGUGGAAACAGCCUGCAAUCGCCGCCCAGGCCUUUGCUCAGACUUGUGUCCAUAAUGUCGAGGGGUUAGACCAGCUGCUUCUCGCCAGCGAGCAGCAGGCAAAUACCAUUCCAAGGUCCACAAAGAUGCCCUCGUUACUUUCAAUGUACGAAAAGGUCAAGGCAGAUCCUCAGCUGGCGGGCUCAGUCCGGAUGGAGGAUGAGAGUAAGAUCGAAGAUGGUAUCAUCCAAAGAGCCAGGGAGCCGAUGAUCGCCAUCCUGGAACAAGUACACGUGGAACCCGAAGAAUUGGACGAGAGGAUAGCAGAGAUGUUUCACGCCAUGAUCCUUGUGGCGUCGAGCGCCGCGAUUCAUCCUCCUCAUCAUGUCAAAUACGACUUUUUCUUCAUGCAUCACGUCAACUCCGCUUUGAUGUACCUAACCAUCAACUCUCAGCCGUGGCUGUCUACUGCAGACAAGGUUCGCUUGUUGGAGUGGAAGAUUCGGCUCGAUCUUGUGCAGUAUGCCGCUCGGGGCUGUCCUGCUAUUUCUUUGGAAAGCAUUGAGUCUUAUGUCCCCAAGCAGCCGUCUGAGGAAUCUGUUAGAGAAAUUGGCAAGAGGCUCUACGACUUUGGGGAUGACGGCCAUGCAAUCAAACAAGCACGCGCUACGGCUAUUUGCCACGAGCUGAUGGUAGAGUACAAGGACAAGUCCUGGGAAGUCUUGAAGGACGAGUCAACUUGGAAGAAGAUUCAACAUAUGGUGGUUGAUGGUGUCGAAGGACCUAGCGUAUUGUACGUUCGUUCCACUGGCUUUGAUGAGGCCUGGAAGGUAAACACCCCCAUGGGCUUCAACCGAAUAUAUGCUGACAGUAACUCAAGGACGUUCCUGGCCAAGACUCGCCGAAGAGAUCUCCUGACCUUCUGCGCGCUCUGCAGACUGGAAGUGGCAGCUCACCAGAAGCUCUCAAACCAUAUUCUCAGUAAUUUCACCUAUUAA